AUGAACGGGGACAUCAAGGUUUCUGACUUUGGCCUCCGGAACCUAAGCAAGUUCAUCAAAAAGGAAUUAGUGUGCGUGACAAUUGAAAAUCCUUUAGUGCAAACAAAGGAACUAGAAAAGGAAGAAAAAUUCAAUCCCACAACUCCUAGCUGCUACAAAUUAUUGCUCAGUGAGACUCAUUCAGCGGUCAAAAUUUGUUGCCACUAUGAAGUGGACACCAAGCUGCUUUCCCUGUUGCAUCUACCUGUAAAGGAUCCUCAGGAUUACUAUUCUCUGGGUGACAUUGUUGCAAAUGGGCAAAGCCUUGAUGGAAGAAUCAUUAAUGUGCUUGCAGCAGUGAAGUCGGUUGGGGAGCCAAAGUACUUUACCACUUCAGACAAAAGGAAAGGUCAGAGGUGUGAAGUAAAGCUGUGUGAUGAAACAGAGUCAUCCUUUGCAAUGAUUUGUUGGGAUAAUGAAUCUAUCCAGCUUGUGCAGAGUUGGAUGCCACGAGAAACAGUAAUAUUUGCAUCAGAGCUGAGAAUAAAUUUUGACAAAUUUAGGAACUGCAUGACUGCGACUGUUAUAUCAAAAACCAUUUUUACAACUAAUCCAGACACACCAGAAGCAAAUAUUCUUUUCAACUUCAUAAAAGAGAGUGCAGCAACGGGAGCUUUGGAUGAUAUAACUGAGGAUCAGUUAAGAGAAUCCAUAAAUUUGCAGACUAUCGUUGACAUUUAUACAGUGGAGCAGUUAAAGGUAAAAGCUUUGCAGAAUGAGGGAAAACCUGAACCAGUCUAUGGCAUUAUUUAUGCUUAUAUUUCUACACUGAACAUUGAUACUGAUACGUCUAAAAUUAUACGAAACAGGUGUUCAGGGUGCCACUAUGUGGUCAAUGAAAUGUCAAACACAUGCACUUUCUGCAAUGACAACACUUCAGAUGCUAAGUCGGUCUUUACCAGUUUUGAUUUACUAGUUGAUCUUACAGAUCACACAGGCACUCUACGUUCAUGUAACCUCUCAGAUGUUGUAGCUGAGGAAACAUUAAGUUGCACGGUCCAUGAAUUCCUCACUCUGAUGGAAGAGCAGAAGACAGCAUUAAAAUGGUACCUUCUUCUGGAACGAAGCAAAAUUUAUUUUAAAUUGGUUUUGUCACCCAGUUUGAGAACCGGAUUGAGAGUGAACUUGCUUUCAUGCAAACUAGCAGAUCCUGUAGAGGCCAGUCAGAGCUUGUCAGGAAAAGGAAGAAAAUAACAUUGUUUGGCUUUUUAACAGCUGGAAGGAUUUAAAAAGGUUGUACUGCAUUGAAAUGACAUUAUUAUAAAAAAAGAUGUUUGAUGCAAUAUUUGUAUUUUGUUAAAUGUAUUUAGAUUGGUAAAAGAGAAACAGGUUUAUUACUGAACUUUACAAAUGGGCCUAUAUCUUCUUGAUCUUUCUGUUUUAUAUUAUUCUUCUUAGAAAAGUUUAUUUAGGGGCCAUUUUAGGAAAAAAUCUGUCUGGCAUCUAGAUGCACUUUCUGUUGAAUUAAGCCCCUUAAGUAGAAAAGGAAACAAUUUUCAUUGUUUAUAAUAAAUUUUGAAAAAUGCUCAAAGGAAUAAUAAACAGUUAUUUAAUCUAAAUUGCAAACAUGUUUUCAUUACAAUAUACCCCAUAGGAAAGAAAUUCUAAAACUAUAAUUCUUGAUUUAUUGUGGUAGAUAUGAUCUGUGAUCUCAUAUAGCAUUGGAGAGUAGCGAUCACAAUGCAGUAAAAACAGAAUUCUCUCUAGCCAAAAAUGAUCUUCUCUGACUGCUGGCCCACUGAAGUUCUGUGUUCUCUAGCCAAAGAGGAUAAUCACUCCUUUUUGGGGAAAAUCCCUGUAAUUCUAAAUUACAAAACACAAUAGACCAGUGGUUCUCAACCAAGGGUACAUGUACCCCAAUGGGUACGCAGAGCAGAGGUCUUCCAGGGGGUACAUCAACUCAUCUAGACAUUUGCCUAGUUUUACAAUAGGCUACAUAAAAAGCACUAGCGAAGUCAGUACAAACAAAUUACAGAUAAUGACUUUAUACUGCUCUAUAGACUAUACAGUGAAAUGUAAGUACUGUACAAUAUUUAUAUUCCAAUUGAUUUAUUUUAUAAUUAUAUGGUAAAAAUGAGAAAGUAAGCAAUUUUUCAGUAAUAGUGUGCUGUGACAUUUUUGUGUUUUUAUGUCUGAUUUUGUAAGCACAUAGUUUUUAAGUGAGGUGAAACUUUUUUGUGGGGGACAAGACAAAUCAGACUCCUGAAAGAGUUACAGUACUCUGGAAAGGUUAAGAGCCAUCACAAUAGACCUUCUGUGCUUCCUGCUUCUCCACAAUGGAGUCGUGUAGACUCCUCAACUCAAUUUCUACAUAUGGCAAUCAGACUUCUUAAGAAGGACACUGCAUCGAGCUUGUCCGCAGAUUUCCUCAGAACGGGGGUGGUUCUGACACGGAGGUGUUUUUUUCCCCACAGAAAUUAGUCAGCUUGACAUGAACUUAGAAGGGACCACAGUCCAAAGCUGACAAAAUGAGCUGUUGAUUCCAAACAUGGCUGUCUGCUUUAAAAUGGAACCAUAGUUUAACUGUAUUUAGAGGGUAACUGUGGUUGCAACCAGGUCCUCAGUACAAUUCUAUUUGUAGUAUAGAUGAGAUCCUACAACGUAUGGGAAGAUAGAGCCCAAAGCAUGCUAUGAACGGCUCUCGCUGACUUACUUCAGGAAUGGAAGUCUGUGAGGGAAGAACAACAGAAGGCCCAAGAUGCACAUCCCAGAUAUAAAAAAUGUGACUAGAAUACCUUUGCACUGAAAAGUUCUCUGUCCAAAAAGCUUUACCAGCUGCUAACCCACUGCUAUACCCACACCCCCUUUCCUUUUGGUUAUGCAUGACUCCUAUUCUAGGUUCAUCUAUUUGCUGCACAGCUAUAUUUGAGGAGGAAAAGGGAUUUUUUUAAAUUAGGGAAUCUCAAACUGUUUCACAAUAUAUACCACAUCUUAAAAUGUCUGUGGACUACAUCUUUCUGCAAACAUGAUUGCACUGGCCACCUUUUCCCCCACUCAUGAACUUGUAACUUUGCUGUGAUAACAGGAAUUGUUUACAUGGGAAAAUAUAGUUAUGAAAAUAUCUUUUUUUGCUGUAUUUUGAUGUUACCAAGCCCCUGGAAACAAGGAAAGCCAGUACCAGGUGACCAGCCAUAAACUAACGGAAAUUCUGCCGUUAGGCACAAUGCUAAGUGGAAAGCUGUUUGUGGGGUUUCAGGCUUCUGGAACAGGCUGAUCUUUCCUCUCAUUAAGUUGGCCUUCUGCAGAAGCUGUGAACUUUCAAUGCUGAGAGUAUCAAGGGGAUUUUCUAUUGGACAAGACACUUUGCUAGGUUAAUUCAGAUCCUUGUUUCACAAUAGCGGGUUUAGCAGCAAUAUUAAAGAAUUGAUAUACAUGAAAAUUGUAUUUCAGUCCAAAAGUGUUGUACCGGCUACAGUUUCAUAAGUAACAACUAGAGCUCUGAUCAGGGCCGGCUCCAGGGUUUUGGCCACCCCAAGCAGCCAAAAAAAAAAAAAAAAAGCCGCGAUCGCGAUCUGCGGUGGCAAUUCAGCGGGAGGUCCUUCACUCCGAGCCACCCCUCUCCAAAGUGGCCUCCCCAAGCACCUGCUUGCCAAGUUGAUGCCUGGAGCCGGCCCUGGCUCUGACCCUGCAAACACUUCGGCAUGUGCUUAACUUUA